AUGAAGGAAGAACUGUCGGCGGUGUCCGACUUCCUGUCCGACUUCUUCCCGCCCCAGGAAGAGCGGCCUUCGUUCGCUUCCAACCUCGCUGCGACGCUCGCUCAACGCUUCGACGGCCACUGGCACGUCCAUGAUUCUGAGCUGGGUUCAGGAUAUCGCGCUCUUGUCCGAACACCGACUUCAAUUGAUGCCUCCAUCAUCCAAGCCGCUGAACAGUCAGGCUUGUGCUGGUCCGAUGUUGAACGAGCGCUGGCGAGCGGACAGGGCAAGAUCUGGCUCGGGCAACGUUGGACGCUCUGGGUCGACCCGGGCUGCGUCUCGGUCCGCGUCGAGCGCGGCGAUGGAUCAUCGACAAGAGAUUCUCAACUGAUCGAGAUCUGGGGGAAGCUUCCUGAAGGAUUGCGGCCUCAGGCGUUGCAGCUCGCCAAGUUGGACUCGGGCGCUCGAUCGUUCAACAUCACGACGCCGGAGCUCGAGGCGGUUCAACUGUCUUCGCCGUCCUCCUCGCUUCCUACUCCGGAGCAGAUCUCGAGUCCCUAUUCUCCUACUAAAAGGUCGUCCAAGGCGAUCCAGAUCGUACCGCCCCCUAGCCGACGGGUCGUCUCGCCCGAGUCGAUGCCCUCCUCGUCGGCUGCGGAGAUGUCAGCCGCUCCUUGCUCACCUGCGGUCCGGGCCGUGUCCUCCAAGAAUGGUCCCCUCGCACUUUUGGCAUCUCCCUUCAUAAUCCCUCCUACGCCGAUCCGACCUAUGCUCUCGAACGAAGCGGACGUCUUUUCUCCGACGCCUGCCCUGCGCGCCCCUUCGCGCGCCGCUUCCCCGCUCGCCUCGGAAUCGGACUUUAGCUGCCUCUCUCCCUCGGGUCUCGGUGCCAAGCUCUACCAACGUCGCAGCUCUUCGAUAAGCUCUUCCGUGUCGUCCUAUAGAUCGAUGGGCGAGUCAUCGGACAGUGAGGGCUCUUCCUCGGACGGCAUCUUCUCUUCGACUGAGAGCGUCAGCUCGAGCCUGUUGAGCUCCGGCGAAGAGGCCAAGUCCUGGAGAGCUAUGUCGACUUCUCCCACCGAGACGUGCGAGUUCAAGUACCCUGCACUCCCGCACCGCAGCUCUUCGACCUCGCCAUUCAUCUUCCCAGCUGCUCCAGUUCACUCCCGCUCGCGCCCAUCAAAUUCGGUCCACACGUUGGCCGUUCCUUCGAGCCCGUCCAAGUCGUCGAGUCGGAGCGCCCCUUCCUCGCCGUCCAAGCUUCGUCGUCGCGGUACGCGCGGUGGAUCGGGCUCGGGCCACGGCCACUCGUCCUCAAUCUCGUCUGUCACUUCGGUCGGCUCGAACCAAUCUGUGCAUUCGAACGUCACCUCGACCUCGACCGCUUCAACCUCUCGCACACGCGAACAAGCUCUUGCUGGAACCCUGACCGAACACAGCGGUGGCAAAGUCGGUGUCCUUGGAGGUGGCGUCCUCCUCGGCCUCGCCGGCGGCAGCAAGUCGACCUCACGCUCGAACGACGGUUCUACUUCGGGAGACGGCAAGCGUCGCAGCCGUGAACGUCGGCGUGGGGGUGGACAAUCGCGCAAGGGGAGCUACUCCGCCGGUACACCGGGUUCCGGUGCAGUCGCCCCGGCCGGCUUGUCUUACCUCCUUGGCGCGGCGGCCCCUUUCGUCUCGGCCCCGGUAUGGGCUUGA